AUUAAAAUCAAAAGAUUAGUCAUUGGCCUAAAAAUCGUUAGUCUGAGGCUCCUGUUUGUGUUUUCGUCACGAUGCUGCCCUCACAGAAUGGAGUGACUACAAGCAGGAUGCGUCGUUCUCGUUCGUCUCGCCGUUUUGAUUAUUUCCGUCGAAUGCUGAAAUGGCGCCAUAUGGACUUCGAGUUUGCGCUCUGGCAAAUGUUCUACUUAUGUGCUGAUCCCAGUCGAGUCUACAAAAACUUUCGUUAUCAUAAACAAACGAAGAAUAUUUGGGCGCGGGAUGAUCCUGCUUUUCUUGUCUUGUUGGCUGCUUGGCUAUGUGGAUCGUCGAUAUUCUAUACUGUUGUGUGCAGUUUCUCCUUUGAGGGUUUCAUCUACUUCCUUUUGUGGACUGUCUUUGUUGAGUGCAUUGGGAUAGGACUUGUUGUCGCAUCAAUACUCUGGUAUCUAACUAAUCGGUUUGGUAAAGCUGAUCCCAAUGAUAGCCAGCAAGUUGAGUGGGCGUAUGCAUUCGAUAUUCACUUGAAUGCUUACUUUCCAACUCUUAUCAUCCUGCACAUGGUGCAAGUCUUUCUAUUACACAUGUACGUUAUAGAGUCGAUCCAUAGCACAGUCACUGUGCUCUUUCUUGGAAAUGCUCUGUGGCUCAUGGCGCUCAGUUACUACAGUUAUAUUACAUUUCUUGGAUACAGCUCUUUGGCUUUCUUGAAGAAGACGGUACUCUUUCUGUAUGCUAUUCCUCUCUUCUUUCUUCUGUAUAUUGUUGCUGCUUUACUAGGGCUUAGCUGUAGUAGCUUGGCAAGAGACUUUUACACAGAAUUAGCAAAGUAA